AACUUGACGAAAAACGUGUACAGAUCCGAUUAGCAAAUCGUAAACAAAGUAAGCAAACAGGUUUGAGUUGACUAUUGAGGACAAUAAGAACACAUCUCCGAGUGAAACUGAUCAAAAUUGGCAGGUUGAUAUCAAAUCCCUGCAGGCCAUCUGUCAUCACAUUUCUGUUAAUUGAGUAGUCUGCCAUAAUGAAUGGCGAGUAAGCCUUACUAUAAACCACUCGGUCCGUGGGAAAUCUCACAAUUACCCCACGGUGAGCCCCCGCCUAACAUCCCGUCCAGGCCUCGAAUUACAUUUGUGGUUAUUCUUCUCUUGACUAUUUCACAACAGUCGUAGCACGAAUUCCUCGAAAAACGUUGCUAUCCAUACAAAGAAACACACAAGGUAUUACACAUUUAAUAUAACGGUUUCCCAACUCUUAGAAAAUGACGAAAUAGCCCUACAUGUAUCGACACAUAUUCACUUGCACGGGCACCUGCUAGUAGCUAGUUAAUUGACCUUCCAUAUAUGGCACAUUGUAUUUAGUGUUGUCAUAGAAAAGCCAAUCAGCGUCGACCGAUUCAAAAUUCAGGGGUCGCCGCCAACCAAUCAGAUUGGACUAUUUUGAAUGUAUUACAUUUCUUUGUUAUUUGGGUUGAGCAACCGAAAUUUACUACGGUAUAGUACUACAGGUAAAGGGACUCGUGUAUUCGCAACUUCCUGGAUAAUUUUGACGUUGCAAUAUAUUUCGGAAAUUGCCAAUUGGAAAAUUGACAGUGUUGGAAUCUUGCUCCAAUGAGGAAAACUCCGUAAUGUUAAGUAUGGCAUUCUGUAAUACAUCCGACAUGGAUUUUCUAGAUACAAUACCCAUGGCCAUGGAUUCUUCAUCGUACGACCUUCAAAACGAAGUUGACAAAAUUCUUCAAGGUUCCGACAAAUUCCAGGACUACAGUAUUCUUAACAACGACAGCAAUCACGGAAACUUUGAUUUCGAAACAAACAACCAAUCUGUUGACGAUUGGAUCCAGAAUAUACAAUGUCAGUGGAACGAUGUAGAUGUUGUUAAACUACAAAACAGUUUAUUGGACUCAUCUUUUGAGGUAGAAAAUAAUAACCCGAACUUACUAGUAAAUCCGCAAACUGGAUUACCAGUGAACCAUUUCUCUCCAAGAAAACAACUGUCAAGUUCGACAACUGUGAAAUCAGAGAGUGGACAGAGUUCAUUACUAGCAGAUAGUCCCCACUUUACAUUACAGACUGAUCACAACUUGAAUUGUGCAACUCGCGAAUCCAAUACCACUUCAUCCGAUCAGUCAAGAUUUUCAAAUGUAAAUAACAAUGCUCACAUUCAGCCAGUGAAAUCUGUACUAAGUUCUCCGUCCCACAAUUCUCCCGUCCUGGUCAACCACCUCCAACAAGGAUUAAAUGGUCGACAAGUCACUGUGACACAGAACAAUGUCAAAAAGUCUGUGACCGUCCUGAAAUCGGACAAUUCUGAUCGAGCAUUUCCAAAACCAGUUUAUUCCUACAGUUGCCUCAUUGCUAUGUCACUGAAGAACAGUAGAAAUGGGAGUCUUCCUGUUAGUGAAAUAUACACCUUCAUGACGGAACAUUUUCCAUACUUCAAAACGGCACCGGACGGUUGGAAGAAUUCUGUGAGACACAAUUUGUCCCUAAAUAAGUGCUUUGCCAAAGUAGAAACCCCGAAAGUGACUGGAAACAACAGCAAAAAGGGGUGUUUGUGGGCCCUCAACCCUGAUAAGGUUGAAAAAAUGGAAGAUGAAAUUGCGAAACACAGGAAGAAAGAUUUGGAUGCCAUCAGGAACAGUAUGGCUAUGCCAGAAAAAUUAGAACUGAUCGAGGCAGGAAAGGCAGGACCAGCGGGGAGUCGAUCUGAGGGAGAGAGGAUCUUGUCCCUGCCUGUAACAACGACACCCUCCACAACAACUGCCCGUGUGGUGAAAAUAUCCACCCCAGUGGACUCCUCAAUAAAACAGGAGGAUUACCUCCAUAGUAUAGUGCUGGACGGGAGUUUGUCUUUGGACAACCCCCUACCCGACCUAACAUUACAGAAUGGUAUUUGGGAUGACCUGUCAACAGACAUGGAAUUACCACUGACUACAUCCUCCACACUUUCGCUCAAUGCCUCGCCCCUAACAAUCCAGUCUGUGGUUUCUUUAGCUGGAGUUUCCGGAGCCUUUCAAGGUCAGUUCACAUGCUCAUCGAGUCCCAUGUUAACUCUUACCCAGAAUGCAACAGUAGCUCCAGCUUGUCGCACGCCGUCCAAGAUCCUCGAAGCUCAGAUCUAGUCAGGGAAAGACACUACCAUGGUCAUCUGAAAUUUGCCAUGGUUACAAGGGGAAGGGUUAAAUAGAUAAAGUCACAGACAUCUACAAUUGACCAAGUUAUCAACACUGCCAAGGCGAUCUACUAUAGGCCGAGUGAUCAACACUGCAAAGGUCAUCUAUGUUUGGCCAGGUGAUCAACACUGCAAAGGUCAUCUAUGUUUGGCCAGGUGAUCAGCACUGCAAAGGUCAUCUAUGUUUGGCCAGGUGAUCAACACUGCAAAGGUCAUCUAUGUUUGGCCAAGUGAUAGACACUGCAAUCUACGAUUUGCCAGGUGAUCAACACUGCAAAAGGUCAUCUAUGAUUUGCCAGGUGAUCAACACUGCAAAGGUCAUCUAUGAUUGGCCAGGUGAUCAACACUGCAAAGGUCAUCUAUGAUUGGUCAAGGCCACAGGGGGGAGGGAAUAUUGUUGAAUUAACAUUCCAUUGUAUAUCAUAAUGUUGCCUGUCUGAGUGUGGGUCCGUAGGACAGAAAAUUGGUUAUGUACGUAACAUCCAUUCUUAAAUUAAUUCAUUGAUUCGUAUCAUCCAAGAUGUUAGGAAAAAUGAAAUAAUUUCAGUUGAAAAAUAUUAAGAAAACAAUUUAUCCUAGCUUUACCAAUGUAAUGUAAUACCUUCUAAACAGAGCAAUCAUUUUAGCUUAAUAUAUAGUCCUGAUAUUUAUGGAGAAAUAUUUCAUCGGAAAAAGAUACAAUUUCAUAAUUAAUGUAGGGAAACAGAGGUAUAAAUGGCAUAAAAUUUUGUAAGAAAACAAAAUCUUCACUUGAUCAUUCCAAGUAAGAGAGUGAUCCUUUUUUUUUACUUUUAUAUCAUUGAUUGAUGUACUGAUUCCUAUUUGUGCAAAAGUGAAGAGUAAAAUUGUACAAAAAAUAAUUCUCUAGCCACUGAAAUUUCUGAAUGAACUUGCGUGUUCUUUCAAUUAAACAUUAACUUUGUUGAUCUCAUAACUAAACAGAAUUCUUUUGUGCUGUCAGACUUAUGAAUUGAUUUUCUAUUGAUGUUGUUAAAGUGUUCUUGUUGACUUAUAUAAAAUUUAUUUAUGAUACUAGAAAAUGUAAAUAAGCUAGAGUUUUGAUCUCGUAGAAGCCAUGGUUGCUAGAACCAGGUGAAGAAAAAGUUUAGAAAAUUGAUUAUUGUAUUUAAAAGAAGUUUUAUUUUAAAAGUUUUCAUUGUCAUGGGAAAGUUUUGAUUUCUUUUUGAAGAAAAUCCACAUUUUAAAUGUAAAUUUCUAAAAAGUUUCUUAAAAAAUUAUCUUUGAUGGUUUUUUUCUUUAAAUGUGGAUUUGAUUACCAAAAGAAAGAAAAACAUUAUACAACAUAUAAGAUUACUGUUUUAAAGUCCUUUGUGUGAAUAAAUAUUUGUCAGACGUUUAAAUUUGCGAUAUACUGUCCUUGCAAAUUAAUAUGAAAAUAUAUAUGUUAUAAAAUCUGAAUGAUAAGCAAUACUUGGUUUGGCUUUAUAUUUUUACUGAUAUCUUUGUUCUAUAAACCAUGGCUAUUUCCCUCCUAUCUUACAUCAUCCAGAUUGGUGCAUUUUGAUUUUGUCUUUUGUUGACAUUGACAUUGUUUAUUUGUUUAUUGUGUUUCUACUGUAUUACUCAGAUAUAAACAAAUGUAUACACAUAUAAAAUUCUCUCAGUUAAUGUGGUUGCAAAUGAAAUAACAAUUAAAAUUAUCCCCUAGUCCAUACCUCUCAAAACAGUCCAAUGGAAUGUAUACAAUUCAAAUUUUGGUUGGAUGGGGGUUCAGAUUUUAUUGUUGUGUUUUAUUUUAACUUCUAAAGAUCUUUUGAAGAACUGGCCGAAAAACAAAAAAUUGAAGAAAAAAAUAUCUUUAAUAUAUUGCAUAGAUAUUUUUCUCUUGUUGAACAAAUUCUCAAUGGCAAGCAGAUUAUAGUAGUUUGACUAGUGUUAUAUAUUGUUAGUGCCACCUGUGUUCAGAACUUAGAGAAUUUUUACAGUUAUCAGUGUAUUUUAGGAUAGUGUGUCCGAGAAUGUCAAACUGGACAAAUUUCAUAGAAAGGCAAUUUCUAAGACCGUAUUCACCAUAAUAGGAGAACCACUUGCCUACGAGCACUAAUCUUCAGCAUCUACUUUUAACAGAAAAUACCAUGCUACCAGUAACCUGAAGGUAUUUUAGGUUUACACUGACCAUUUGUAUAUAUAACUUGUCAGGGGGCAUAGCUCGUGUAGUACGUUGCCUACAGUUGCCAAAUUUUGUAUACAAGUACCUCUGUGGAAGGUGAAGUGUUAAACAUUGAAAUAUUGUAUUGUGCUCCACUUAAUACUGAUUUCUGGCCCUUCGUUCAUUUUGAUAUCAAAAUUUGUCUGAUGGAGAGGAAUAUGGAUUGAUUGCACUACUCCAGAUUGUGGCCAUCUAGUACUGAAGUUGACAACUUCACAGUGUUGGGUAAUGCCAUCUAUCAUUUUAUUAAGAUGAAAAAAGCAUGUCUCAAAUUCCAGGGGAAAACUUAAUAAUGAAUCUUGAAUGGCAAUUCAAAACACAAACAAUUUUGAAGCAUCUUAACACCUCGUCCCAUAUCCCAUCAAUUUCUCAGGCAAGUGCACCUAUUAUGGUGAAUAUGGUCCUUGACAAAUAAAAGAUAAUUUGACAAAUACAUAUUUUUAGUGCAUGUUUAUCAGCCUGUGUGUGUCUAUGGGGUGUUAGUGUGGUAAUCCAAAAAUGUGAUGCCCUACAUAAAAAAAGAUAUUCCACACAAAUUAUCACAUAAAUAUAUUAAUGUACAAAUUUAAAUUUUGAUAUUGGUAUAU